CGUUUUAACAUAAUAAUGUUAUUUAAGAGCAUACAAAGACACACUAAGUGUCUAUUUCUGACAUAAAGAAAAUAUUUUCAUCAACAAACAGUUGGAAAGGUUUGACUGUGAAAAGUAUCAAGCAAACUAAGAUGAAUAGAUACACGAAGUGUCUAAAUCACGAAUUUUCACAUCGUCAGGGUUGUAUAUUUACAGACUUCCAUGUCCAUGAAGAAGUACAGCAAGUACAAAUGUUUAUGGGACGUUUACCACCAAAUCCAAAUCGCAGGAUUUGCAGACUACAAAAUCGUAAUGAUUUUUUCCUAACCAUCUCUAAAUCUGGUGAAAUUAUGGGAACAAAGAAUGUAACAGACGCCUUUAAUAAAAUUCAAAUUAUUUCCAUGGGGGAAAAUCUUAUUUCAUUCCGUCCAAAAGAUAGCUCCAAGUAUUUAGCUGUUGAUAAAAAUGGUAACAUGUUUCUCACGAGUAAAACUAAAGAUGUGAAAAUUGAUCAAUUUAUAUUUGAGGAGAAAAUGGACGAUAAAUUUUAUGUUUCAUACAAACUAAAAGCAUAUCGCGGCAAGAGAGCCUGGUAUUUAUCUAUUGAUGAACAAGGGCACGUAAGAAUGGUUAGAUGUCUGCCAGGAACUUUACAAGCUGACUCACAGUUCUUUCUUAUUCAACUUAAAAAGCGACAUUCAUUGUGAUUAUUUAUUCAUUGUGGCCGCGGGCAACUGUUUGGCGGUGAAAUAUGAUAUGACGGUGAAAUCAUUUAUCUUUGCACUAUAGAAAAAUAUUCUAAUUCUUGAGAAAAAUAUCGGUCAUAACUCACUUAAGACCUCAACCCCAAGCUUUAAAUAUCCAAAUAUGCCUUUUGGUGGUCCAAAUAUCAAAGUAACAGAGAAAUUGCUUCAUCAACGACGGAAGAAAGAAAAGUAUGUUCUGCUUUGUAUAAUGUGAAUUUUUGACAUGACAACUAGUUGAUCAUGAAGUGACUGGUGGUGCCAUGCAGUAUGUUUUCCAUCAAAGCAAUGUUUGCCAUCAAAAAUCAUGCAUAUGCAUUAAUUUGGGCAUCAAAUUUCCAAAAUUUCUUUUGAACGAAAGUGCGUACUUAUUAUCGUUAUUAUCCAGUACAUUAGCUAGCUUGCGUUAGCAUAGUAAUCGUAAAAAGUAUAUGUGGAAA